CAACUACUUAGCGAGAGUAUUUGAGAAUCUUCGAGAUGAGGACAUUCGUAAUUCUAUUAAGCUGCCUUGUCUGCUGCGCCACAGCAGGACGCUAUGGUUUGGCGCAGAAACUCUUGGGUCUGAACAAUAUACGCAAGGCGGAAGGCUAUACACCUGUGGGCACGGAUCAGAGCCAGCGGCAAGAAUUUCUACUUGAUGUCCUACUUCAAGUCCAGAAGCCCUUGGUCAAUAACCAGCUUGUACAACUUGGUCAGGAACUAGUAACGGAUUCUAAUAUGUAUUUGUCGCCAAACGAUGUGAUUUUGCAGCAGUUCAUGCAACAGGCCAAAAAUCGAGAGAUUAUCGGUCGUAAUGGUGUCUACAACCCAGCCGAUAUCUCAAGUAUCCGCCAAUUAGUUGGACUUCAACGUUUCUUUGUGCUGGCUCGCGACUUCAGCGUUUUCCAAAGAAAUGUUGUUUAUGCACGUCUUUACUUCAACCCAGUUAUGUUCGUUGAUGCCCUAUCUCUAGCGAUACGCGACCGUCCAGACACUCAGGACCUUGUGAUACCACCAUUGAAUGAGAUUUUACCACAACAAUAUUAUGACAACUAUGUGCUCAGCUAUGCGCAAAAUGUUGAUUAUAAUAGAUUGAUUUCACAACAAGCAGGUGCGAAUAUCAAACCGAGUAUAUUUGACAUCUUCGGUCUGCGCAGAAUUGGUUCACUGUUUCAAUUAAGCAAAUAUGGACUCUACAAUCCAUUGCAACAGAGAUAUGGCGCACAGCGGUAUGGUUAUGGGAGAUUUGGAGGCCGUCGUGUCAACAGUAAAGAAAACGGUGGUGAGUACCUCGUAGACAGCAGUUAUAUACAAGAAAAACUUGUUGUGCCAGUGGAGGCAAGGGACGCUACUGAUUUAACAAACGAUAUCGAUCUGAAUGUUGCAUGGAACAAUAUUAUUAUUGAUCAAUUGGUGCAAGCCUUUACUGAAAGUAUACAAGGAGGUCAGCAAAGUGGUAUUAUCGGCAAUGAUCAACAGUCUUAUCAAGAGCUUAAAGAUGAGCAAACUUAUGAUUAUGGUGCUGGUUAUGGAGAAAGUUAUCAGGCUCAAAACAACAAACAAUACAUCUAUGAGGAUCAGUCGAGAGGUAUUAAUUCCAAUGGUUUACCACAAGUUGAUGUAAGCAACCCACGUCUACUGUAUGUCGGGCGUCGCCAUCGUGUAGAUAAUGGUGGAUAUUCAGCGUAUGUUAAUCCUUUCUAUCGCCAGCAAAACCAAUACGGCUACGACGACCAACAAUACGAUUCAGCGUACUAUAACUCUUAUGGUUCCCAACAAAGCCAACGAGGUAAAUAUACCUAUGGUGAUCAGACAUAUCCGUAUGCUCGUCAACAAUAUCAAAGAACACAAUAUGGGUACAUUGAUCCAGCAUAUUCCUAUGAUCGUCAACAAAAUCAAGGAUCUCAAUAUGGUUACCAAGGUGCUCAAUAUGAUUACAAGGACAACGAAUACUCCUAUGGUCGCCAACAGAAUCAGGGAUCUCAGUAUGGUUACAAAUCAUAUGGUCAACAGAAUCAGGGAUCUCAAUAUGGUUACAAGGACAACGAAUAUUCCUACGGUCGUCAACAGAAUCAAGGAUCUAAGUAUAGUUACAGUCCAUAUGAUCAACAGAAUCAGGGAUCUCAGUAUGGUUACGGCACAUAUGGUCAACAAUAUCAGGGAGAUCGAUAUGGUUACAAGGAUAAUGAAUACUCCUAUGGUCGUCAACAAAAUCAGGGAUCUCAAUAUGGUUACAACCCAUAUGGUCAACAAUAUCAGGGAGCUGAAUAUGGUUACAACUCAUAUGGUCAACAGACUCGGGGAGCUCAGUAUGGUUACAAGGACAACGAAUACUCUUACGGUCCUCAACAGAAGCGGGGAUCUCAAUAUGGUUACGGCACAAAUGGUCAACAAAAUCAGGGUUCUCAAUAUGGUUACGGCACAUAUGAUCAACAGAGUCAAGGAUCUCAAUAUGGUUACAAGGACAAUGAAUACUCCUAUGGUUCAUACUAUGGUAUACCAUAUGGUCGUCAGCAGUAUCAGGGAGCUCAAUAUGGUUACAAAGAUCAGCAAUACUAUUAUGGUGGUCAACAAAAUCAGGGAGCAAAGUACAGUUACAAUUACCCAGUAUAUAGUUCGUCUUAUUACAAUCCUUAUGGGAGCCAACAAUAUUAUUACAAGAACUAUGAGUAUCAAUAUGAGCCAAGAAGCCAACAACAAGAGCAAUAUCAAGGUCAACAACAGCAGCUGCCUUAUGGACCAAUUAAUGACUAUGUUGGAGAUGACGUAGUUGUGCUUGAACGUGAAGUUCGUGACACUCGCAAUCGCGAACAAGGUGGCAAACGUUAUCGUAACUGUGAAGGUACACGUGUUAGUUAUCGCAAUACCGAACAAUAUCGUGAGUUGGAAAGAUUACGUGAAGGUAUCGUGCGUAGUAUUGAAAGCACCCAGCAGUUGAGAUAUUCUCGACGCGGUGAGAUACUUUUACAAAGCAUACAAGAACUUGCUGCCAGGUUGAAUAUUCAGCGCAUAGUGGAAACGCUUGAGGGAGGCAUUUAUCAGCAGCAGCAACAAGACAUCCAAAUUGUACAGCAGGACGUAGAACAAAUAAUACGGCAAAUCCGUAUACUCGUCGAACAAGUGCGUGAAGAGGCCGGUAUUAGCGAAGGAAGCGAGCGUACACUUUACAUCCUUGCCGAUGUUAUUGAUGGUAGGCAACAACAACUAUCGAUCGGUGUACAGAGUACAUUGCAAGAAUUGCAACAACAAAUACAGCGUGUCCUUGGAUAUCCCGUUGGUCAAGCUAAUGAGUUGACUCCACUCGUUUUAUUGUACGGCUCUUUACGCAGCCCAGUAACACAACAAACCAUUUUAUCACUUGCCCAACUGAUCGAUGAUUACCGCCAGAAGUUGGAACCAUAUACCAGUAGCCAACUGAGCGGUAAUGGUGACAUUAGUGUUCAGAAUGUUCAAAUCGAACCUUUGGUCACCUACACUGAAGUAGUUGACGUUGAUCUUGUCAAUCUGAUCGAUCAGCAACUUUUGCAGUCAAACACCAACAAUCUACAACAACUUGGUCAAAAGGUGGUGGUUCGCCAACAGCGUUUAAAUUAUCAACCAUUCACCAUUUCUGUAGAUAUUGAUUCACAACGUCAACAAGAAGUUGCCAUACGUAUUUUGCUCGCCCCUCAAAUCGACUAUAACGGACGUCGCGUAUCUUUGGCACAAAACCGCAACAACUUUAUUCUCAUCGAUGCUUAUGUACAACAAUUGCAGGUCGGCAUUAACAAUAUCCAGCGCAAUUCACGCCAGUUCAAUGGUUACAGCGGCGAAGUGUCCACUAUUAGCCAAAUCUAUCGACAGAUAAUGACUGGACAGAAGCAACAACAACAAUCCGGUAUUAUUCGUCAGCUUCCAAAACAUCUCUUACUACCACGUGGAACUGCUGUUAAUGGCGGUUUACCAGUACAGAUUUUGGUUGUAGUGACUCCACUAAAUCAACAAAGUGAAUUUUACCGCCUUGAGGAUGUGUAUGCACAACAAAUCAGUGGUUUGGGAAUCGCUGCUGUUGGUGUGGAUCAAUUGCCACUGAAUUACCCACUGGAUAGGCAAAUUGUUGAUGAACAGCGUUUGGAUGUACCCAAUAUUCGGCUGACCGAAACUGUUAUCCAAUAUAACAGUCGCCGCGACGCUAGCAAUACUAGUGAAAUGAAGAUUUUCAUCCUUGCGCUGAUCUUGCUGAUCGGCGUUGCAGCAGCCGCAGUGCUGGAUAAUGUGGACAUCCGUAGAGUGGGAACUGGGAACAUUGGCACACGACGUAUUUCUGAAAUGAGUCCCGACGAUCUGUUGCAUCAGAAAUUCCUGCUGGACAUCCUCCGACAUGUACAAGAGCCGAAUGUGAGCGAACAAGAACUUCCUCAGUUGUCAAGUUUGCAACCUGUGCAGUUAGUCGACGAUGAGACCCUUUACAACGGGGGCAUCGACGAUGAAAUGGCUCAUGUGUUAGAACUAAGUCGUAACCAAGAUUUGUUGGCUAAGCAUGAACUGUAUAGUUUAGCCGAUGACGAGCAUAUGCGUCAAAUGAUUGGGCUCUAUCGGCUACUAGUACGUUCACGCGAUUGGGAUACACUACAAAGGAAUUUACUGUAUGCACGAGUUCACGUUAACGGCGUCCUAUUAGUGAACUCAAUGUUGCUUGCUAUACGCGAUCGAGAUGACACUCAGAACUUGGUUAUGCCAGGCAUACACGAAAUUUUGCCGGCGCUUUAUCUGGAUGAGGAUCUAUUACGCCGUGCCAACGAAAUUCAUUUGCAGUCGGGUAGCAACAUUUCGUUCCAAAAACAAACUCAACGUCCGGGAAUACUUGAAAUGGUCGGAUUAAAUAAGCUGUGGAAUAGGGAUGCUAAUAGUGUAGAUACUUUAGACCGCAGACAGCUGUGGAUGCCAUGGCGCGAAAUGCGUAUGGAACUACAGGCGCGUAAAGUUGUCGGCGGGAAUGCUGCUACACGUAUUAGCCUACACGAUGAUAAUCGCAUUGUUUUACCGGUCACGUUGCCAACAAGUGUUUUGCGCGAGGAGAGGGAAGCUCGGCUAUUAACAAAUGAUGUUGGCCUCCAAUCAUUCCUGCAGUCCUUAGUCAAUGAGUUGUGCCUCAUUGAAAGUGAAUCAAUGCAGCAAAAUGAACAGCGAGCGAGGGUGGAGAAGAAUCGAGCAGUGUUGGGGCGUGUCGGUUUGGAGAGAAACGUUGGGUCAGUAUUGAAAAGCGAACUUAGGCGCACAGAUGAGAAAGUACAAGGUCAGAAUAUGAGAGACGUCUACACAGUAGAUUUAGAUACCAAUGAAGAUGGUCGCGAUUCUUGGAUGAAUCGUAACAUGCUGAGCAAUGCGAGACCUUCCGAUCGGAGACAAGGCGCUUACAUUAAUGACGAUUACGAUAGGGACACCUCUCAAGUGGGAUGGGACAAUAGCCGAGUCAGCGUCCGUUUGCCAAAAACCACUGCUGAUGAUGAACGUUUAUUGUACGUCAAUCGUAAACGUCAACAUGCUGCUGCCAUCAAUCAAAUGUAUUUACGAGGUGAACAACCAGGCGCAGAGACUGAUUUGAACGGUCGCUGGGGUCAAACCGAUGGUUAUCGAGUUAACAAGCGUGACACAAUUCAUACUGAACGUAUUGAUCUUGGUGAGGGGAUGCCAAUGGACUGGAACCGACAAAUGGCAAUGCAUCGUCUACAGAAAAACCGUGUGGUGGAUACUCAAAUUAACGACACGCCUGCACCACUAAACAUUGGUUACAAUAAUGAAAAAACAAAUAAUCAGGUUCCUGUUUUACCCACAGUUGAUAUCACCAAUGAACGUUUAGUUCACGUCGGUCGUCGUAGAUUGAACCAGUGGAGAAAAGAGAAUCAACCAAUGGAAUCUGUAUUGGAUGAAAGACGUAAUACUGACAUAAAUCGAGAAGGUUGGGAAAAUGUGUACGAAAACACAGAUCGCAGCUGGUUGAACGCCAUUCAUAGAAAUAGACAAGAUGCUAGAAGUAAAGGUAGAGUUGCGGACGAUACAAGAAUUUGGACUACUGUUGCGCGUGGAAUGGGAAAUAUCGGUAUUCACGUUGGGCAGGAGGCCAACGGUGUAAAUGAAAUAAAGACAGAUGCGCGAUUGAGGAAUAACAUAAGUCGAAGACCGUUGAACAAUGAUCCCACUCAUACCAUCUCAUCUAAUGAAGGCGAACCGUCGUAUGUCAAGCAACACCGUUCUCCACGUAGCCUGUAUGAUAAUGUUGUUUUAAACCGUAAGCGUUAUGUUGAUCAAAAACGUGACGGAGAAUUGCUUUUGCACAAUCUUCAACAGUUAAUGGCUCGCAUCAAUUUGGAACAAAUUAAUUUGGGCCUGGGGCAUCCACUUCAAUUGCUAGAUGACACAAUUGCUUCAAGUCGUUUUAACAAUGCACGUCCUUCGAAUGCUCUAGAUCAACGUUUGGUUCUUCGUUUAAACAAGAUGCGUCUAAACUCUCGUCGAAACAGAUUACUGCUUAACCAUAUUACUGAAGUUGAAAGACGUUUACAAAGGAUUAUCGAAAAUGAAAUACUACGCGUUGUUGAGAUUGAACAAAGAAAUGAUAUCCGUAAUAAAGGUGAUGUUGAUCAAUUGAUCGGCGACAUCCUUAUUGGCAAACGAUCAGUCGAUCAAGAUGUCAAUUUUUUGAAUAUUUUGCGUGAAAUUAUACUUCAAACUGAAGAUAUUAACGGCAGCUUCCAGAAACUUAACCAAAUCUCUAUGGACAUUGAAAACCAAAUUGUUCUCCACUUGCUGCGUCGUAUAGUUCAAAUCGCCGAUUUACAACGUCAGCAAUCUUUGGGCAGCUACCGUAACGAGGAACUUUUAAUGGAUGGUGUUAGCAUAAAUGAUGUUAUUGUAGGCAAGUUACGAACUUAUGUUGACACCAACGAUGUGGAUCUCAUCAAUACUAUCGGAGUAAGAACCUCAUACACUCCUGGUCGGACUGCAGAUAUUUCGCAACGUACGGUUGUCGCACGUCAACAGCGUCUUAACCACCAACCUUUCACCAUCAAAGUUGUUGUUUCCACAAAUCGAAACAAACGUGUGAUCGUCCGUACACUUCUAGUACCGCAGGCAGUCACCAGUGAUCUGGGAACAACACAACUAAAUCGUCUACGCCAAAACUUUAUUUUAUUGGAUACUUACAUGACCGACCUCCAGAGCGGACGUAAUGUAAUCACGCGUCAAUCUGAUGACAUCAGCUGGACUGCACGAGAUACAACCCCAUUUACCGAAAUCUACAAGCGUGUAAUGAAAGCUCUCGAAAGUGAUGUGGCCAUUAACUGGGGUCAAGUGCGAGGUCAGAGUUGCCGUUUCCCCCAUCGCUUAUUGCUACCACGUGGACGCGUGGAUGGACUGCCAAUGCAGUUGCUUGUCAUCAUCACUCCAGCGGAAACUGACGGGCGACCAACAGUUCAAGAAAUGGUUAUGAACAACAAGAUUUGCGGUAUGGGUGUGAGCAGCAUGAACUUAGACCAGAUGCCACUCGGUUUCCCUCUAGAUCGUCCAAUAGAAAGUAUGGAAGAAAUUGGUUCACUACCCAAUGCACGUUUGUUGGAUGUAAAGAUAUUUCAUAGUAAACAGUUAGUUGCUGACGACUUUUAUUGAGCCAACAAAGAACUUAUUUGCUGUAAAAUGAAACUAAAUAUGCUUUUAUAAAUUAUAUUUUGUAACAAUUAUUAUUCUCAUUUUAAUAAAACAUUUUAAAUUAGCAAA